CUCUCGAACAGGUGAAAUCAGCCAAGGAUGUGAAAAGACGUCGCACAUGACGUCUCGCGACACAGGGAGCGGCAGCUGUCCAAACCACGGCUACACGAAUUCAAAUCGUCUCAGAUACACAGAGAAACUUUGCAGUGUCGCGCUGAAGUAGCGCCCGCGCCGAGGUAGGCGGGCCGCGACGUGUGUGCGCGUGGGGGCGAAAAAGCAAACCGCCGGACCUUCUCGCACAGGUAAAAUCAACACCCACGGAUGCGAAAGACGUUGUACCGGCGAUCUCGCGCCACAGGGAGCAGCAGCUGCCCAAACUAUCGCAAGGCGUCUUGGAAUCGUCUCAGCUACACAGAGAUACUCGCAGCGUCGCGACACUCGCUGUAUGUGUCGAGAUCGGCUUUUGAGACUCGAUCGAUCAAGGGGCUGCGCGUGGUGUGAUGUCUGUGCUAAUUUUGGGCUGGAGAGCCCAAGCUCCCGGGGAGCUUGGGAAAUGGACAUCGGUCCUUACUUCCACCUUUCGGUAAAAACGAUUGAUUCCGGACGCACCAACCGAAGUCACACAGACAAGAAGCCCCAGGAGUUAAUCGUUCAAAACAGAGUAGACUAUAGUCUACGCAUGUUGAUUGAUAUUUCCGUGUCAACUGCAACAUGUAUGUAGACCGACCUGUCUUCGGUGCCCACCACGCUGUUUAUGUACUACGCGCAUCGUCUCCACCGUCAUAUGCAUGAUAUUUGACGUCCUCUACACAAAGCAGGUGCUACUUGUACCCACACGUCACCCACGGAGUCACUGUGUCACCACGUCAAUUGCCACCAACCCGACCAAAAAAAGUCAGAAAAUAUCGUUCGCUUACGACGUGGUGUGGAGUAUAAUUACUGAGUAACUGACGGUACGUCCUCGCCUAAAAUAAAAUGGUCUAUGAAACUUCAGAAAGUGAUUGGUUCAUUAUCGUUGGCGAAAGGCGUACAUACGCCGGCGCUGGCGAGAUUCUUGCACUCGCCAGUCCAACAAUUUUUGGGUUGUGGUUGGAGGUAGACACGAAACCAAAGCCACAGCGGGUUUCCAGCCCUCAGGCAGCACCAAGGCGCUGGGUCUCACAAGGCCUAACGCACCUCUGAACCCUAACCCUAACCCUAACCCUAACCCAACACCCCAAGCUAGGUUGUGC